AUGCCUAUUAAAGCUAUAACAGCAACACUCUUUAAAGCUGUAACAGCAGCUCCUAUUAUAGUAAACCAUAAUAGCAACCCCAUUAAAGCUUAUAAAAGAAAUGCCCAAAACGAAACUAGCAGCAGUGAAAGGGCUUUGGAGGAGUUCUGUUCUGAAGUAGGAUAUGAAGGAAAGAUCGAAGAAGUUAGUUCUAAAGCUGUGUUAGAAGAUCAGCUUUCUAAAUUCGUAUAUGCAAUGAAAAGAAAGGACAGUAGAGAAUAUCAUGCAAGUUCGGUAAGGAGCUGCUUGGCAGCAAUUUGGUGGCAUCUCAACAUGCAUUCAGUUAUGGAAAAGCCAGUUGAUAUACUUAAUCCAAAGGUGUACUUCGAUCUAAACCAAGUAAUCAAUAGAAAGAUGAAGGAUCUCUCUGCACAAGGCUUGGGGAAAUGUGUUGGGGCUGAUGGGCUGACGUUGAGUAAGGUUGAGCAAAUCUUGGAACAUCCUGUGAUGCAACGUGAACAUUAUACCCUUCAAAUCAAUAGUUUUAUUAAGCGUUUUGAUGGUGGUAUUGAUGUAAAAUUGUUUAAAUCAAAAACAAACCAACGAGGGUUUGAAAACUACAAUGCGCAAGCAGAAGCAAUCAGUUUGCCCAACAUUAAAAGCAUCAUUGAUGAUUAUGAGUUUUACUUUAUCAAGCAUCCAAUGAUGACUGUUACAAAUUUUUAUUUAAUUCCCAUGCUGUUCAACUCAGAUAAAACAAUGGUAUUACAUUUGUGCUCUUGGAAGAAAACCGCCAUGCAAUUGUUGAAAAAGCUUGGUUACUCUAAUUUGGUUGUAAUGUCAAUUACAAGGCACAAGUCUCAAAAAGGUCUCACCACAUAUGAAUGCCCAAAAUGUGUAAUGCAACAUGAAGGCUUGAGUGGAUUUUUCAAUGCAUUGAAACAAGUAUCAAAAGCCCCUCAUGAUCAUGAAAAUGAUGCCCCUAGUGACCAUGAAAAUGAUGCCCCCAGCGAUCAUAAAAAUGAUGCCCCCAAUGACCAUGAAAAUAAUACCCCCAGCGACCAUAAAAGUGAUACCCCCAAUAGUCAUGAAAAUGAUGCCCCUAAUAAUCAUGCUGCCCCACCUCCAAAAGCCAUCGAAAAACGAACUGAUUCCCAAAUGUCGUUGAUAAAUGCGCUCAAUAAUCUUGAAGUAAUUUCUGAAGAACUGAGUAAUGCAUUGACUGAGUGUGAUGUGAACAUUCUUGAUAUAAAUAGAAAAAAAGAGAAAGCCAAGGGCAUGGAUAGUCGAAAAGAGGUUAAUAAGAGUGAAAAAGAUCUUAAAAAUGAGUUUUUUGAAAAAUUUUUUGCUAGUA